GUCUCUCUUUUCCGGUGUCCGAUCGUGAGAGCACACAGAAACGAACAGAAUUUGCAUACAUAGUUACGUACGCAUGCACUACCGUACGCAAGUGCUACCUAUUUCCACAGACAUGCUAGACCCUGAUAUUUCAUACGGUGCGAAAAACUUCGUCGUUCCUUCAUUUCUUUUACCCAACCAUCUUUCGACGUCGCCACUAAAGAAACCUCAAACUUGCAAGUUUACUUCAACAAAAUCGAGAUAGGUCACAAAAAGAAAGAUGGGCAAGGAAAGAGGAUUGGCGUUUCAGGAGGUGUUGAAAAAUUGGCAAUAUUUGGUGAUUGUGCUUGUACCCAUUAUAUUCUGCUGGGUACCAAUAGUGUUCAACGAUUCGAUUGGCCAUAUGGCCUACUGCAUAAUCAUCAUGGCGCUGUACUGGAUGACCGAGUGUCUGCCCCUGGCUGCCACCGCCCUCCUCCCUAUCCUCCUAUUCCCGCUUUUCGGUAUCCAAAAGUCCUCGGAUGUUUGCAGCAACUACCUUACCGAUACCAACACGGUCUUCUUCGGGGGCUUGAUGGUGGCUGCCGCCGUCGAGCACUGGAACCUCCACAAGCGCAUCGCUCUCAGAGUUCUCAUGCUUGUUGGUGCUAAACCAAGAUGGUUGAUGUUCGGGUUUAUGUCGACCACGGCUUUCUUAUCCAUGUGGAUGAGCAACACGGCGACGACCGCGAUGAUGAUCCCCAUCUCUCAGGCUGUCCUCGACGAACUCAAGUCUAGCGAAAACGAUGAGGAGACAGGCGGUGAUGUCGACAAAAAUGACGAAAAUGGAAGUCCAAUGUAUAAGGGCUCAGAAGAAAAAGAAGAGCAAUGCUCUGAAAAGCCAAUCGAACUCGAUGAAAUCGCAGCUGGUCACAUCGUUGUAGAGCCCGGAUCACUUCCAGUGGAGAUUAAAAAUGCACCGCUGCUCCUCGAGGAGGAGUCCAAAGCUGAUCGGGGCUACCGUCUUCUCUGCAAGGGUAUCACACUCUCCAUUCCUUAUGCAGCCAACAUCGGCGGCACCGCCACAUUAACGGGAACUGGUCCCAAUCUGGUUAUCAGUACCCAGGUUGAAACACUCUUUGGUCCCGAAGCCGGUGUAAACUUUGGAACCUGGAUGAUGUAUGCAUUCCCUGGCAUGGUGAUCUGUCUCCUCAUCUGCUGGGUCUGGCUACAAAUCAUGUACCUCGAUUUCUUUUGUCUUCAGAGGAGUGAUAAGCGUGUCGGCGUAGCACAAGAAGAGAGAGCGAAGAUGGUGAUCAGGAGAAGUUACGCUGCUCUUGGUAAAAUAUCCUUUGCUGAAUGGGCUAUUCUGGGACAUUUUGUAGUCCUGGUCAGUCUGUGGUUGACGAGAGAUCCCAAGUUCGUCAGUGGCUGGUCUGUAGGCUUCAAGAAUGGGUACGUGACGGACGCUACCUCGGUUAUAUUCAUCUCUCUGCUACUCUUUGCCUUCCCAUCAAGGCUGCCCUCAUUCUUGUGUCGAAGAAAGCAAGAUGAUGAUGAUGGAUCAGAAGAUAAGAAACCAGCCAAGAUUCCAACCUUGCUCACGUGGUCUGUCAUACAUGAGAAGAUGGCGUGGAGUGUCAUUAUUCUCCUUGGCGGUGGGUCGGCCCUAGCUGAUGGCUGUAAGGUUUCGGGUCUCUCCGCCUGGUUGGGGGCCCAGUUUUCGGUGUUCUCUGCACUCCCACCUGCAGCCCUGGCCAUUAUCAUCUCGACUGUCGUGGCUACUUUUACGGAGGUUACCAGCAAUACGGCCACCGCUACCAUCUUCCUACCUAUCUUUGCUGAAUUGAGCAAGAGCAUCGGACUCAACCCUCUCUAUCUGAUGCUCCCGGCAGCUAUCGCGUGCUCCUUCGCCUUUAUGCUUCCCGUAGCCACACCGCCUAACGCCAUAGCCUUCGCCCAUGGCAACCUUUCAGUAUUUGAUAUGGUCAAGGCUGGCAUCGUGAUGAACAUCGCAUGCAUCUUUGUAUCGAACCUCAGUCUCAAUACUUUGGGUGUCUGGGUCUUUGAUGUCAAAACCUUCCCUGCCUGGGCUAACAGCACGGUGACAUAAUUGUCUUCGACACCCAGCAUUAAUGACAGAUGUGAUGGCCCGCGAGACCGAACACCCAUUAGACCGACAGGAUACUACACUGACGGCCCACGAGACGAACAGCAAACUAGACCAAGAAUGUUGCUCUCGUAGGCGUUCUAACAACUUUUUUGAGGGCUGUCAGGCCGACAGCCCGCAAGAACAACUGCCUUCGAGACCGAUAUUCUUCUAUCUUCCCUUUGCUGGUCUCGAGUGUGUGUUGUCUGUCUCGUAUGCUGUCGGUCUCUUAGACCUUUUGGUACACUCUUCUUUCCUUUACUUUUUGGAAGUAUUUCGAUAUUUUGUCGGUCUCGUGGGAUGUAAGCCUACUGGGAUUAUCUCUUGACGUCAGAUAUUAUAUAGUUUUCUUGACAUAUUUGGUGACGUUUUUUGACGAAUUUGCCGUGCGGAAUUGUUACAGGUCAUUCAUUCUCACGUUGAGAUCACUCAAAAUGCCAGUCAGAUUUCUGUUCUGUCGUCGAUUAUUAAUUAUUGAUUCAAUUGAUCAUCACCAUUAUGACAAUUAUGACAGUAUAACACAGUGACUCGUGAAUACAUUACAAAGAGCCAUAAUAGCAAUGUCAUAAGAUAGUCACAAAGAUAUGAAGAUCUUGAAAUGCAAUGUAUACAGUUAGAAUGAUUUUUAGCUAGAGAAUCAACUUUUUAUUCUUUCAUAAUUAUAUCUGAAUCAAGUAUCACCUAUACUUGCAUUUAUGCUUAUUUCUAAACAUACAUUAAGAUGUGUAAUUAUAAGUAUAUGUACAUGUUUAUAUCCCAUACGAAUUGAAAAUUUAAAUUUGAUGGAUUGGUUUUGAUGAAUAGAAAUAUGUUUUCAAUUCGUUAAAAUUAACAGAUUUUACUUUGCUUCAUAUAUUUAACAUUUUGUUAAUAAUGGAAUUUAUGGAACUUACCUGUGGUUUUCAAAUACUCGGCUUAUAUGCUUAUGGUAUAGUGAUAUUCGGAAUUAUAAUAAGUUGUUGACUAUCGUUUUCAGUUAAAGAAAAACUAUAUCUUUCCAGUUUAAAAUAUAUGUAAUAGUAUUUUAUGUGCCUUCUGCCUUUAAAUAUAUCAAUCUAUAUUAAGCCUAUUUUCUGUUAUUUUCAAUUUGCUUGCUUGCUAGGUGUGUCUGUUCCAGACAUUGACGAUCAAGGCUUUCCAUCUAUUUCUAUCUCAGGUUCUUUGUAAUGUGACGUUACUUCUGUUACCAGUCAGCCCAAUGAACUUAUCCAUGUAUUUGAUGCGCUGUCUCCCUCCGCUUUUCUUCUCCUUAAUUUUCCUGUCAGUAUUCUGUCUUCUGCACCUCCUCUUCUCAUAAUAUGCCCGAUAUUCUUUACUUUUUCAAUAUACAGGGUAAAAUGAAAUAUUCUAGAGUGUUGUUUAAAAUGUGCAUGAUAUAUGGUGUUUGAGAAAAUAUAUGCCAAAACAAAUUGAAAGGUCUUUAUCACUUAUUCAGCUAAUUGUUCUUACGUGUGUAUUUCAAUUAAUUUCUUUCAAUCCCAUACAUUUAUUCGGAGAAAACGUCUUUAAUUGCAAUAAAAUUUCAAUUUCAAUUCCAAUGAA